AUGGACCGAGUACAGGCUUUUGGCAAGACUUUCAGUGCAAGCUUCACGCCCUUUGCGCAGCGCACCCAGCAAUUGAUCAAAGAGCAGCUGGGUCAGGUCGAGGACAAAACCCAGCUCCCCGAUGAAUACAUCGACCUGGAGAAGCGGGUGGAUGCGCUCAAGCUUGUCCACCAGAAGCUGCUCCAAGUGACCUCGCAAUACUCCAACGAAGCCUACGAUUACCCCCCUAACAUCCGCGAGUCUUUCAACGAUUUGGGUCGCACCAUCAACGAAAAGGUCAAUCUGCUUGCGCAGGCCAGCUCGCCCGCCGAGGCCCAGGCGGCUCUCACCGCGCCGCCCAGCGCCAAACCUCAGCCUAAGACCUUUAACCACGCGAUCGCUCGCGCCUCGCUUGCCGGGUCCCAGACAUUGUCGCAGAACAGCCACGGUGAUGAUCCCCUCGCGACUGCUUUGGAGAAGUAUGCUCUCGCUGAGGAGAGAGUCGGUGAGGCCCGUCUUGCGCAAGACGCCCAGAUUCAGUCGCGCUUCUUGGCUGGGUGGAACACGACACUGAACACCAACUUGAUGUUCGCGGCCAAGGCUCGCAAGAAUGUCGAGAACGCUCGUCUCACUCUGGACUCGAUCAAGGCCAGCAAGAAGGCCGCUGCCCAUGGCGAUCUGGAUAACUUGAGCGAGGAUGCCCGCCAGGAGAUUGAGCAGGCGGAAGACGAGUUUGUUGCUCAGACUGAAGAGGCCGUGAGCGUGAUGAAGAAUGUCCUCGAUACCCCUGAACCUCUGCGUAACCUUGCCGAUCUCAUUGCCGCGCAGCUGGAAUUCCACAAGAAGGCCUACGAGAUUUUGAGCGAACUUGCGCCCACCGUGGAUGCGCUCCAAGUUGAGCAGGAGGCCAGCUACCGCAAGAGCCGUGAGGGUGCGUGA